AUGGAGAACAGAGUAGAGAAAGGAGCAGAGGACGUCUAUUACACUUUCAACUUGGUAAUUCGACGUGAUCCGAAGACCAAUAAUUUCAAAGCAGUUCUUGCUACUAUGCGACAGCUACUAAAUACCGAAUGUGUAGUACCGGAUUGGUUGACUGACGUUGUACUGGGAUAUGGCGAACCCGACUCGGCUCAUUACUCAAAAAUGAACAACGUGGUGCCAACCAUGGACUUCAAUGACACGUUUUUGUCGUUUGAACACCUGAAGGAAUCAUUCCCUGAUUAUCAGAUUGUAGCGAAAGCUGAGGAAGAAAAGAUGAUACCGCCGUUUCAGUUGACCUUCAAAGACCUUAUCCGUGGAGGAGAAGCAGAGGAUGAAAAAGUGAUUGAAGUGACACCUUUGGUGCGAGAAUCGCGAACACCUUAUCCUAUAUUUCCCAAUAAAAACAAAGUGAAAUUCACUCCUGCACAGAUAGAGGCGAUAAAAGCUGGUAUGCAGCCAGGUUUGACAAUGGUUGUGGGUCCUCCUGGUACGGGUAAGACUGACGUAGCAGUUCAAAUUAUUGCCAACAUCUACCAUAAUUGGCCGCAACAACGCACGCUGAUCGUUACACAUUCCAAUCAAGCAUUGAAUCAGCUUUUCGAGAAGAUCAUCGAUUUGGAUGUUGACGAGAGGCAUCUGCUGCGUAUGGGUCAUGGAGAAGAGGGCCUUGAGACGGAAAAGGACUUUUCUCGUUAUGGUCGUGUGAAUCAUGUACUCAAAGAACGGCUAAGGUUGUUGUCUGAGGUAGAAAGACUGCAAAAAGCUAUGAAUGUUUAUGGUGAUGUGUCGUAUACUUGCGAAAAUGCUGGCCAUUUCUUCCGCUUUACGGUUUGCCGCGCUUGGGAUGAUUUCAUCGAACAGUGUAGCAUAGAAAAGGACGGAAUCGUAGCCGAGACGUUCCCGUUCACUGGAUACUUUUCUGAUAUUGAUCCACUUUUUAGUGGUUCCUAUGCCGCUGAUAUGGAAACAGCGCGCUGUUGUUGGCGGCACAUAAAUCACAUCUUCGAGCAGCUUGAAGAGUUCCGUGCUUUUGAGCUGUUGAGAAACGGACGAGACCGAACUGAAUAUCUAUUGGUGAAAGAGGCAAAAAUCAUUGCUAUGACAUGUACACAUGCGGCUUUGCGAAGAAAUGAACUGGUACAAUUAGGUUUCCGUUAUGACAACAUUCUUAUGGAAGAAGCCGCGCAGAUAUUGGAAGUAGAGACCUUUAUUCCACUUCUGCUACAGAAUCCACAAGAUGGGAGAAAUCGCCUGAAGAGAUGGUGCAUGAUUGGAGAUCACCAUCAGUUGCCUCCUGUUGUUCAAAAUCAAGCUUUCCAAAAAUAUUCCAAUAUGGAGCAGUCGCUGUUUGCUAGAUUUGUGCGGUUGGGUGUGCCGAAUAUCCAGCUAGAUAGGCAGGGAAGAGCUCGCUCAGAAUCCAAGCUGACGUAUCUCAUUCCAGAAUCGCAGCAUUGUACAGCUGGCGGUAUAAGGAACUUGGUAAUCUCCCUCACGUUGAAGCUUUACCACAGUUUCAGAAUCGCUGCAUUGUACAGCUGGCGGUAUAAGGAACUUGGUAACCUCCCCCACGUCGAGGCUUUGCCCCAAUUUCAGGCAGCAAAUGCAGGCUUCGCCUUCAAUUAUCAACUCAUUGAUGUGCCAGAUUUCAACGGGCAAGGAGAAUCGCAACCAAGUCCGUACUAUUAUCAGAAUCUGGGUGAAGCUGAAUAUGCUGUUGCUUUGUUCACUUACAUGCGGAUCAUUGGGUAUCCUGCUGAUAAAAUUUCUAUCAUAACCACCUAUAACGGUCAAGCACAGCUUAUUCGUGACGUGGUGGCACGAAGAUGUGCAAAUAAUCCGCUUAUAGGCGUUCCAGCAAAGAUCUCAACUGUUGACAAAUAUCAAGGCCAGCAGAAUGAUUAUAUCAUCCUUUCACUGGUACGAACAUACAACAUUGGACAUAUCAGGGAUGUUCGACGUCUGGUAGUAGCUCUUUCUCGUGCACGUCUCGGUCUGUAUGUUCUCUGCCGAGCUAAUCUCUUCAGAAAUUGCUUCGAACUUACGCCGGCUUUCAAUAUUCUAUGCCAACGACCACCAAAGCUACUGAUUAUCCCAAGCGAGCCGUAUCCUACCCAAAGAAAGUGCGGAGAACGUGCAGAGGGUGAACCGCUCUCGAUUGAAAAUACGGUACAUAUGUCUACAUUUGUACAUGACUUCUACAUGAGCAACAUGGAAACAAUGCGCGCUAAUUACGAAAGAGCCAUGGAAUUGUACAAGCAGCAAAUGAAGAUAAACCUCCCACAGCCUGAAGAACCGGAAGAACCUGUGAUUUCCGAAGCUGAGCGAAAGAAGGAAGAGGAAAAAGCAAAGGAAGAAAAGGAACAAGAGCAGCAGCAAGAAAGUGCCAUCGCAUUUGAAAGCAUGGACUUCGAGAAAUUAGAAGAAGUCCCGAAAAUCUGA